GAGCCGAGUUGCUGUCAUUCAGAUAGUGAGAAGGCAGUGAGAUAGACGUCCGGUUUGAUUUUCUUAUCGUUGAUUCCGUAUAUUAUUAUUUACGUUUCCUCCUUUGUCCCAUUAACGGAAACGUAUUCAGAAGUUGUUGUCGUAUUGAUUUUCGAACUUUGACAUUCUACAAUCAUACGAACAUAGUCACCAAUUAUUGGUGAAUUUGAUUUACAUAGAAUUUCCUAAUUUAGUUUCGUAGUGCAGUGAUGAAUCUUUCUUUCGCUGGAUGUGGAUUUUUGGGCAUUUAUCAUGUAGGAGUUGCCUGUUGUUUUCGCAAAUAUGCCCCACACCUGCUAUUGAACAAAAUUUCUGGUGCUUCAGUUGGUGCAACAGCAGCUUGUUGCCUUCUCUGUGAUUUACCUCUAGGUGACCUGACUAGCAAUGUCCUUCGAGCCGCUACAGAGGCUAGAAAAAGGUCUUUGGGUCCUUUGUCCCCGUCCUACAACAUUAACAAUCUUCUUCGAGAGGGCCUUGAGAAAUAUUUGCCAGAUGACGCCCACCUAAGGGUCAACGGAAAGCUACACAUAUCCCUGACCAGGGUUUGCGAUGGAAGAAAUGUUAUAGUAUCACAAUUCGACAGCAGAGAGGAAUUGAUCCAAGCCCUUUUGGCCUCUGCUUUCAUCCCUCUGGUGUCCGGCUUGUGGCCUCCCAAAUUCAAAGGAUUCCGCUACAUGGAUGGCGGUUGCAGCGAUAAUUUACCUACCCUCGACGAGAACACCAUCACAGUCAGUCCUUUCUGUGGAGAGAGCGAUAUUUGUCCAAGGGACGACAGCUCGCAGUUGUUCCAUAUCAACGUAUUUAACACAAGCAUAGAACUGUCAAAGCACAACAUGUACAGGGCGGCCAGGAUACUGUUUCCGCCCAGACCGGAAGUGUUAUCGAACAUGUGCAAACAGGGCUUCGACGACGCUCUCCGGUUCUUGCACAGAAACAACCUGAUCAAUUGCACAAGAUGCUUGGCUGUCGAUUCCACAUUCACCGUGUCGAAAAAGAAGGAAAACCUGGAAUAUGAUCCUCAAUGCCAAGAAUGCGUGCUUCAGAGACAAGAAGCUUUGAUGUCAAACAUGCCCGACACGGUAAUAAGCAUAUUCCAGGAAGCUAUCGAAAAAGCCAACAAGGGUCUCCUCAACUGGCUCUUCAAGCAUCGUGGAAUGAAGCUGCUCUCUGUUUUGAGUCUACCCUACACUGUACCAGCAGAUUUAGCUUACGCCACAAUAACUAAGUUGAAUAACAGAAAGCACUUCGAGAUGUACCGCAGUAUGAUCGAUAUUCAUAUUACGAGCGUCAUUGGUGAACAAUACGAAAUAAAACAGUUGACGUACAGGAUGGUCCAAAAUAACCCACUACAUAACCAUUUGAUACGCGAGCAAAGGUUCAUGUCGGCCGCUCCUCAACUGGGCAACAGCGUUUGGGAGGCGAGCAAAUUCUGCAUGGACCAGAUGGGGCAGGUUCUCAGCAAGGUGACUAGAUCAAAUCAACAAAUGACCGCACAGAUUUCUUGCCAAUUGGAUAUAACGGAAUAUGGAAACAAUUUCGAGAUCGAAUCCUGUCAAGAUUACGCAACGCAGAACAAGAUGAAUGUGAACUUUACACUGAAUAUCAAUGACGGAGAAGCGCCAUUUGCUGGAACUAGUAAAGAUGUUAGUACAGUAAAGAAGGCAAUACAAAGGCAGAGACAGCCAAGUAUCACAAUAGAUACUUGCGAAAUGGAUCCAGAUGCUUUCGAGCACAUUUUGAAGGUCACAAAUCAACAUGAGACCAUCAUGACUUAUUAUUAUUUAGACGAAAAUAACACAGUUCAAGUGACUGAAAUAUUCGACGUAACUGAUAGUGAUUCACCUUUGGUUCAGACAGAUCAAGAGAAAACGGUAAACAAGGCUUUGGAAUUUGACGAAGAAGAUUGGACCCCUACGCACUGGGAGGCUGGAGAUGAAAACUGUCCUGGACUCCGAAAAGAGAGUUUUGCUGAAAUUUCCGAGUACUCCAUGGAAGAUAUACUAGACAAAGAAACCUCAUUAUUUUCUGACCCAGAAAGUGAAUGGACUGGUACUGUCAAAGUUGAGGAACCCGAAGAUGAUGUUAGCGAAAUGUACGAAGCCACCAAGGAUGAUACAAGGCCAGAAAGUGAUCGACAAAUUCCUAAAGCCAACUACAGGCUAAGCUUUGUUGCCGAUGAUUGAAAACAAUAAAAACUAGUGUAACUUUUGAGACUGUUCUUGUUCCAAAAAAACGAAAUAUUGUGAUAGCUAUUUACAUGUAUUAUUAUUCUAUUAUUAAAAAUAAUGGACUGAUCGAAGAUAAAAUGUUCAUAAACUUAUUAUAUUUAUACUCUACUUGAUAUUAAAAACUUAUUUUUGUUACAUAUUUGUGAAAUUGUUGAAUAAAUGACAAUUUUUUAGUAUAA